GUUCCAUGAAGGAGUGAUGUUUAUGGUCUGAGUACCAUACACAAGACAUUGUCUCUCCUUUUCGUUUUUCUUAAUUUAUUAAUUUAGAAAUUCCUGGGGGGUUUCUCUCCGGUUCUUCCUCACCAGAUGUCAAUGGGGGCACCCUAGACUCCAAACUCUGCAACUCUGACUGGUGUCAUGGCAUGUGGCCCCUCGCUUUCUCUCUAUACCUUUGUCUCGUCUCUCUCUGUAAUCUUCUUCCGUUACUCUUUCCCCUCGCUAAGCUGUCAUCACAGAUAACAACAACCCAAAUAUAACAAACUCGCAUUCGGUGCCUUCCUUCAUACCUCAAGCUUCGCUCAACUUUCCACCAAAUUGUGUUUCUUCUUUCAGGAUGUCUGUGGAUUCUAAUGCUUUCGUGGCAUGGGAAGAGCACAUUAUUUCGCAGGAGAGGGGCAACCGCGUAGUUCAUUUUUACUUAAAGGAUGCCUCAGGGAAUUUAGUCCUUGCUGUUGUUGGGACUGAGAGAAGCAUAAGGCACAUGAUCUAUGUUGUCUCUGACGAAUUCUUGCAGGCAUAUGAGUCCAAGGGAUUCAUCACUGCCUCCACAAAAUGGCGAGCAAGAAGGGAAGUUGUGGACUGGCUCAAAUCAUUGCUAUCGGAGCAACAUCCUUCAUUGGAUAUCUCAAGUUCAUUGACUAGUGACUCAGCACAAGCUCUAACGUCUCACGAAAUGUCAGUGGCUGGAUUCUCUGCUAUUCGAACUCAUGUACCUGAUCAGAUGAUCCAAGUCCCGAGAAAAUUUAAAGCUCAAAAUUUAGACAUUGUGUGGUCGGGUGUUGCUUGGAUAUGUUGUAAACAGCUUAAGCACUACCCAGCAUUUUGCCGAAAUGGAACCACAAUAGCUGUUCAUUCCUUUGUAUUCAUCAUGGCUGAAGAAGAAAGUCACUAUCUUGGCUACUUGGAAGAUUUGUAUGAAGACAAGAAGGGACAGAAAAAGGUUAAAGUGCGCUGGUUUCACCACAAUCAAGAAGUCAAGGGUUUUAUUCCUCAGUUGAAUCCACACCCUAAAGAAGUUUUCAUCACACCUCAUGUUCAGGCAAUCAGUGCUGAAUGUAUUGAUGGUCCCGCCACAGUUUUGACUCCCAAGCAUUACGAGAAAUGCUUGGCUGUUGUUCCACAAACUUUAUCGUCUGCAAUUCAUAUGUGCUGUAGGCAGUUUAAAAACAAUAAGGUUAAGCCCUUUUCCAUAAGUAAAUUGCGUGGCUACUCUAAUCAAGCAAUCCUCUCUUCUUUAGAUAGUUCUCUUGUCUCUAAGCACAAGACCAAGGGCCAUAAAUCAAAUGAGGAAGGAGAGGAAGAGUUUACCCAUGAGGACACUUUGAGGCAGGGUGCUAAGAGGAAUAGAAGUGGUAAAGGGCAUCAGAGACUUGAGACUGGACAAUCUGGUGCCAUGAAUUCAGUCCCUGGAAACCAGAUGGCAAAAUGUGAACCAACAUACCGGAAGCUGAAAAUCAGGCUAUCAAGUACAGGACCAAUUGGCAUUAAGCUUGUUGAACGCGAGCCCCAAUACCACGCGUCUUUCAAGGUUGAUGACAAGAUAGAGUUGCUCUGUGAAGAUAGCGGUAUCCGAGGUUGCUGGUUUAGGUGUAAGAUCUUGCAGGUAUCACAAAAGCGUCUGAAGGUUCAAUAUAAUGAUGUGCAGGACGCAGAUGAAUCUGGCAAUCUAGAGGAAUGGGUUCCUGCAUCCAGAGUGGCAUCUCCUGAUAAAGUAGGCAUGAGAUGCUCAGGCCGCCUUACAAUUCGUCCGUGGCCUCCUGAGGAUUCUUCAGAUUGUGCUUUUGAGGUUGGGGCUGCAGUUGAUGCAUGGUGGAGUGAUGGCUGGUGGGAAGGUGUAGUAAGUGGAGUCAACAUCUCUGGAAGUGAUUGUCUUCAAGUUUACUUCCCUGGUGAGAACAGGAUCUUGACUCUACCAAGAGAGAAUACAAGGACUUCAAGAGAUUGGGUUGGUAACAGAUGGGUGGAUAUAAAGGCGAAGCCUGAUAUACAUCAUUACAUAUCUUCAAUUGUCAGUCCUGGUAAGACGCUGCCAACCUGCUUGACUUUGGCUGAAGCAUCUGAGUGUGGUGGCUCUUCAUCAGUGGAUCACAAAGUAGUCACUACUUUCAAACUUGAAGCAAUUGAAGAAGGUAAGCCACAAGCAACAGGUUUGGCCAUAUCUGCUGAUCUUGAAAACAAGGAGGGGGUUAAUUUAAGGAAGAGAGCUUGUAUCAAUGACAACGAUAAAACUGGUGGAACUUUAUAUAGUGGUGGUAAUGAUGGAGCUAGUAAGGAGGCCAAGGCAACUUUGGUGGAUGGUUUUAACCUGCUAAAUGUAAAGUAGUAGAAGCAGGAGAAGUAGUGAAUGAAGUUGCAUGAAUCAAUGGUUUGGCCGCUGCAGAGAAUUUUUGACUCAGUAAGUAGAUCCUGAAGGUGCUCCAUUGGUUCCUGUAAAUAAUAUAAAUAUGUAGAGGUCUUCGGAUAGGAAUGUCCAGGGGAGUUGGGAUAGUGUAAAUCAAACAGUGUCUGUAUUAGGUUCAAGGUUUACUUGGAUCAGGAUCAUACCAGAAAACAUAUUGGGGAUCCUACCAGGUUAGGAGGUAGUGGUUCAAUCGAGUCUUGAAAUUGUGUAGUUGUGUUGCAUGCUGUUGUGCCCUGAAUUGUGCCGACAGUGUCUUAGUUGUCCUUUGCAUAGCAUAGGUUUCUGUUUGGAACUAUAUAUAGUCAAGUUAUAAAAUUAGUUCUUAUAAAAUGGGUUUUUUUUGGGAGAAAAUUUGUGAGAAUGUUGCUACUGUUCCCUUCCCACUUCUUUUUUGAAUGCUUCAUCAAUUCCCUUCGAAUGCGGGGCGCUUAGGCUUAGCCUUGAUUUAAAGAUGUCCCAGGAGAGACCGCAUUGUGGUAUGCUAACAAGGAUCCUUGCGCUCUACUGCUAGGUCGAGGCCGGCUUAGCGAGCUGAAAAGGUUAUGCUAUUCCAAACUAUAAUGGAAUUAAAGGUACUGUGUUAGUUAUAUUUGGAGGGCGAGCUUUGGCGCAAUGGUAAGGCUGUGCAUGUCUACCCUUUCCAUACCCUAGUUGGUACUAUGGGUUAUCUUUUUAGAUGUUAGUUGCAUUCCAUAAGAGGGUUAAGAAAGUUAGAAAGUCCUUCACCCUUUUACCAUAAGUAUCCCUUGUGUUUACUACCUCAUAUUUUAUUAUUCACUAAUAUCUAACCCGCUUCUAAUUUAUUAUUAUUAUUUGUUACAAAUGCAUUAGAAUCCAAUAAACUUCACUUGGUUCAAUUUUGAAUAUGGGAAGAGCAUAGGUAUUUUUUAAUAAAAUUGAAAAUUAAGUUAUGAAAAUAUCAGUGUGAAAUUUCAUGUAUUAAAUUAUUAUUAAAAUUGUUUGGUAAAUUGAUUUUACAUUUUUACAAUUAAAAAAUCUAUCUACUAUAUAUAUAAAACAAUUAUUCUGUAUAUAAAAAUAAAGAGGAGUGCUAAUUACAGUCGCUUUGUGCGACUGUAGUCGUUAGUUAUAAUUGGUUAGUUUUGAAUACAUUUAUUACUUUAAGUUUUUAUUUUUAUGGACUGUACUAAUAUUACUUUUUAGACAAAAAUACCAUUUUAAAUUAUCUAAACUUUCUUCUUCUUUUCUUCUCUCUUUUUUUAAUCGAGUAUGUUAGUUAUGUGAUAGGAUAAUUCAUUCAAAAGAGAUGGAUGGAUUCGGGAAAAAAAUAAAAGGAAGAAGAAAAAAAAUAAAAGAGAGAAAAAAAUCCAAAAAGAAUAAAAAAAAAAAUU